UCGGGCGGUCUCGCCUCGCCCCACUUCGAUUCCGGAGCGCCCGCAGGUUCACUGGCCCCAUUGCUUCCUUCUGCAUUUGGUGCGAGCUGCGGCUGGGGGCGCUCUGCCCCCUUUUCCAGGCUGGUAGGACCAGAGCCGCUCCCCCCCCCCCAUCAAUCACAGCCCGCCAUGGGGAGGAAUCCGGAGGACCAGCGCCUAAGCCACCCGGGGUUUCCCCUGGCGAGGAAGACCUCUUGGCUAGGCGCGCUCCUGGCAGCCGCCAUCCUGAGUUCAUGCUGCCCGUUGAGUCAUGCUCAGUCAAUGUGGAAAGUCAAAGUGGAACCAGCAAAACCGAACCAAGGGCAAAGCGUCACCCUCACGCCAGAAAACGCUCAGUUUCCUGGCCACACUGAUGUUUCUCAAUGCAGUUGGUACAGAGAGAGACUUGAUGCAAAUAGUGUCAUUAUUUCUCAGCAACGCAAUGUGUUUGCUAAGGGAGCUUCAGAUUUCCAACAGAGCAAAGGACCUGCCUAUACUGGGCGGGAGGAGCUGAUUCCAAGCUGCUCGCUUUUGAUCACGCACCUCCAGUUAAAAGACUCUGGAGUUUAUAAAGUGGUAAUAGAUGAUAAUGUUGCAGAAGCCGGGACAGCACAUCUGGAAGUCAUAGAUCCUACAAAGACCACCACAACUUCUCCAACGAUUGCUACAACUUUUAUAGUUACUACGAAGAAUCCUGUAACCGUCAAAACUGAAAGUGUCCCUCUAAGCAGCUUUAUCUGGAUUAUCACGUGCUUGGUCGUGAUUGUGGCACUGCUUCUAACUGUAGCGUAUUUUGUUUUCCAUGUCCGUCGGCUGAAGAACAUGAUGACUUCUGCCCAGCAAACAUUUUCCCCCUUUCUUACUGGCAAACCAGAAAGCUCCAAUGAGGCUAACAACAUCUAUCAG